AUGUCACCGGUCACACUUGGUUCAGGACGACAGCGAGUUCCUAACAACAUCAAACGAUAUCGUCGACAAGUUUGCAAGAUCUGUAGCUCCUCAGUUUCGGUGCCUUUUUUGAGGGCAAAAAUGCUUCACGCAGCUACACAUUCACCAUUCAAAAGGUACAAGUGCCCAUAUUGUGACAAACGUGGAGCAUCUACCGCUUCGGCUACACUACAUAUCAAAUCGAAACAUCCAGGAAAACCACCCAAUGAAUUCCUUGAUGAAAUGUAUGAACGAGGAAGAAUACAUGAAGCUGCUAGUACUCACGGAAAAAUGCUUCGACGACCCUUAUGUCUAGCCAUUGAAUUUAAAUUGAAUAUGGCAUUAGAUUUCCGUUUACCGAAAAUUAUGCCCACAGAUCUCUAUCUCUGA